AUGGGUGCUGCUAUAUCACUACCACUUAUUCCCUUGUCGUGGAUGGCCUCCUCUGCAGCCUCCUGCUGCGGGGCUAUGGCAUGUUCUGCCUUCUGCUCCACUAUAGGUGGAACUUUCCAAUCUUCAAUUAUGACCAGAAUCACCUAUGCUUUCCUCCUCUUAAUCAACUGUUUGCUUUCUUGGAUAGCGCUAUCACCUUUUAUUGUCCAUAAACUUGAAAGGGCCACAUUUGGCUUCAUAAAUAAUUGGUGUGGACCAGACGGAAGUGAAUGUAUUAGUUUUGCUUCGGUAUACCGUAUCAACUGUGCUCUUGGACUUCUCCACUUGGCUUUGGCAGGACUCCUUGUGAAUGUCAAAUCUACAAGCAAUCCUCGUGCCGUAAUCCAGAACGGAUACUGGAAGAUCAAGCUUUUGUCGUGGCUUGUAAUUUUGGUGGUGAACUUUUUGGUGAUUCCCGAUGGGUUUUUUGUGUUUUACGGCAACUAUAUUGCCAUAAUUUUCUCGACCAUUUUCCUUGGAAUUGGCUUGAUUCUUCUUGUGGACUUUGCCCACGCAUGGGCUGAAACAUGUCUUGAAAAAAUUGAAUUGGAAGAACUCACUGGCGACGAUGAAUACAGUGCUGGAUUCUGGAAGAAACUCUUGAUUGGAGGAACUCUCGUGAUGUACAUAUCCAGUAUUGUGUUGACUGUGCUUAUGUACUGGUUCUUCUCCAGCAGCGGCUGCCACAUGAACCGCGCUGCCAUAACCAUCAACUGUGUUUUCUCGGUAAUCAUAUCAGGAAUGUCCAUCAACCAAACCAUCCAAGAAUCAAAUCCCCAUGCUGGUCUUGCUCAGUCUUCCAUGGUAGUGCUCUACUGCACAUACUUGGUAAUGAGUGCUGUGGCAGCAGAACCAGAUGACAAAUUUUGCAAUCCAUUGGUUCGGUCUCGAGGCACCAGAACUGCCAGUAUAGUAUUGGGAGCCUUUUUCACAUUUAUUGCGGUCGCUUACACCACCACGAGGGCAGCAGCAAAUACAGCGUUGUUUGAGGACCUUGACGACGAAAAUUUACCGGCUCAACCCAGAUAUGAACGAAAUGAAAUGAGGUACCAGGCGGUCAAACAGGCAGUAGAGGAAGGACUGUUGCCUGAAUCAGCAUUGACCCAAGCAGACCUAUACGAUGAGAUUGCCACUGAUGGUAUAGGAGGCGAAGAGGUCCACAAAGUCAAGUAUAACUAUGCACUUUUCCACAUAAUCUUCUUCUUGGCGACUCAGUAUGUUGCUACAUUAUUGACUAUAAAUGUUAAAGAAGAUGAUUUGGGAGAUUUUGUUCCGGUGGGAAGAACAUAUUUUUCCAGCUGGGUCAAGAUCGUCUGCUCGUGGUGCUGCUACAUAGUCUACGGAUGGACACUUUUGGCACCGGUGGUGUUGCCCGAUAGGUUUGGAAUGCAGAUAUAG